GUGCACGGACAAAGGACCGGGACUGAGGAGACCGGCCGGACGGACACACGAGUACGGCAGAACGCCAUCGGACGGAAGGAGGAAGAUGCGACUUACGACAGGGCGCCUGUAUAGGUCGAUAGUCUGGACUGCAACUGGAUUGUCCACACGAAGACCAAAUGUCGAUGCACCAAUUUUCACGAACAAAUAUUCGAACGCGCUUGAGGCUCAGUCGAAGAGGUACGCGAUGUGAUCCAUUCCAUGAAGGCGCAUAAUGUGCAGCAUUGGGUCUCUGUGGAGACGGAGCGCGAGUUUGAUCUCUGCUUUUGUCGUGUGAAGAAGGGCAGGGUUGAAAGGAUCGCUUGGGCUUUUUCUGAUGGAGUCUUUCUCGUGCGAGAUAUUCUGAUUUCGCGGCUAGAUUCUCACUGGCGAAAAUCUGACUUGAUCUGGUGAAGAACACGCAAAUUCUUUGUAAAUAUAUUUAAAGCGGGCUUUCAAGGUGCAGCCAAGAUGCAGCGAGUUGCUAGUACCGUGGAGGAGGACAUGAUUAUCAAAGCUAUACAGGAGGAAGCUACCUGGGAGAAAUUGCCGAAGAGACUGAAGAUUUUUUUGUCUUCUAAUGAGGAAUGGCAAAGAAGAGUGAAGGAGUAUUGCAUCAAGAAGAGAUUCAAGUGGAGUGAUUGCGCAGCCAGAACUACUUGUAAGGAGAAUGAGUACUAUGAAGACUUGAUGCGCUACCUACGUAAGAAUCUUGCGCUCUUCCCAUAUCACCUGGCAGAAAAUAUCUGCCGCAUUCAGAGAAUUACUCCUUUCCGAUAUUACUGUGAUAUGAUUUACGAAGUCAUGAAGAACGAACGCCCCUAUGACUCAAUUCCAAACUUCAGUGCCGCUGAUGCCUUGCGGCUAACUGGAAUUGGACGAAAUGAGUUCAUCGAUAUUAUGAAUAAGUGUAGGGCCAAGAAGCUCAUGUGGAAGCUCAACAAAUCUAUAGCUAAAGACAUGCUUCCGAAUAACCCUGUAGACUUUCCGAUCGAACCAUGGUGGGCCGUCAGCAUCGUCAACUUAUCCAUCGAAGAAUAUCGGAGACUUACAGAUGACGAGAUGGUGGUAAUUGACAAAGUGGGCAAGGAGGAGGUAAACUGUGUGGGAGAAUUAGAUUUGGACGUCGUUCGUGGUCUCUAUCGUCGAGGUCUUGUUUGGUUGGAGGUUCCUGUUUACCCUGAUGAUCAUUUUCAAGUUUCAACACUGGAUGGUUUUGUUUCAAAUCGCGAACAAUCAUACGAAGAUCCCACCGAAGAACUCCUCUAUGCUGUUUUUGUUGCCUUGAGUGAGCAAGCAACAGUAGCCGAUCUGGCACAGACAUUGCAGGCUGACCUGUCACAAUUGGAAGCUGCUGUUUCUUUAGCCUCUCGUCUUGGAUGGGCUAAGAAGGUUAUGGAUCCUGCAGCCUUGUUGAAUGACCUUCAUUUACCCGGAUCUCCGAACAUUGAGGGUAGUGUUGCUGACGAUGGGUUUGGCAAUACGAGGUCUGUACCAGCCAGUCCAUUCCAAGAAGGUCUGUCCGAAGCCGAUGGGGACAUCAUGCGACCUCAGUCAGGAGUUACUCGAUUUGCUCUCAUGGUGGAUGCUAACUUAACGUCUUAUCUCAUGAUGGGCUCUCUCUCACCAGGUUUGAAGGGCCAUGCCGUAACUUUGUACGAAGCUGGCAAACUAGGAGAUUCCAGUGUGGCAGAAAUGUGCGAAGACUUGCGUCAGGUUGAGGGUAAGAAAUUCGAAGGCGAAUUGCAGCAGCUUGCUGACCAUGCCUUCAGUCUUAGACACGCAUUGGAAUGUCUUAGAUCUGGAGGAGCUGGACCCGGAGGGCACGAUCUAGCUGAAGCUGAAACAGACUUUGAAUCACCGGAAAAGUCGGGGGCAGAUUUAGCUGACUUUCAGCUUGAACCUAGUGCCAUCAGUCAGGCCAGUUCACCCGAGCUGAGUAGACCUUCUAGUUCACCGGAAAUUUACAAUGAGACCAGCAAGUCACCUGAUUCCCACGACAUCGCCUUCAAUGCAUACCGAGAUGAGAGCUCUCAACAAGAAACGGAAAGUGUUGCAGGAGACGAGCACCAUGACAGGGCUGAUUCAGUUGACCAUGCUUCUGAUACAAUUCAAAUGACAAGCUCGACGUCUACCAUCGAGGGUUUAGGUCGCGUCAAAUCUCGUCAUAGAAAGUCAGGACGGAAGUGUCGUGUGGAUGUAUUACGCGUGGAGAGCUUGCAGGGUCUUGCGUCAGGCACUAUUCAGCGGGUUUUGCGUCGAGACUAUCAUGUGCUGGUCUCGAUGAUUCCCCUUCUCUCUCCACCAUCAGUAGUUUCUCCUGAUGGCGUGGGCCCAGUUCACUUUGGUCCACCUAGUCGGGCUGCUAUUACACCAUGGAUGAAACUCCUUUUAUACUCAGUAGCUGCUUCAGGCCCAGUCUCCAUAGCUCUUAUCAAGGGUCAAAGGUUAAGACUCCUCCCACCUCCUCUGGCAGGCUGCAGCAAGGCGCUACUGUGGGCUUGGGAUGGAGUCGGAGUAAGUGGAUUGGGGGGGAGGUUUGAAGGAUCUCUGGUCGAGGGUGGUGUCCUGCUACAUUGUCUGAACUCUCUUUUAAAAUACUCGGCAGUUUUGGUGCAACCCUUUACGGAGGCCUCUCUAGAUGCCAAGGGAACCGGGAACGUAAUGACCAAAAACAUUCCCCUACCAUUAUCCGAGCUUAGCACUUCGAGCGCCGGAUUGGAGGGCGAAAGUAUAGAUGAAACUUUCGAAAGGAAUCAGCUCUCUAGCUCCCUGGCCAGAGCAGCUGAGGAAUUAAACCUGGAGACGGCCGGUUUUAUUCGCAUGGUAAGAAUUCGAAAAGACUUGGGUUUAGCUCAACGUGAGGUUUCUUGGGAAUGGGUUCCCCAAAGCGUCGAAUUUGGACUACCACUCUUCGACACCCAACUUUGCAAGCUGGUGUGCGAAGGAGUAGUUCACGCCGAGUUAUUUCAGAGCCCCGCAUUGUCCAUACAUCGGGAGGCUAUGCUAAAAUUGCGGCGAAAAUUGCAAGAGUUUAUUUCUGACCAUCAGGCUAAUGGUCCCAUUUCCAAAUUGACCUAUCCCGGCGGCCAGUUCAAACCUGGUGAGCGACCGCUUCUGAGGAGUCUUGCGAGCUCCAAGUGGAGCGCAUCGGAUUUCAUGUUCGACCCUGUGACAUCUCCGAACUUUUCUUCGGGCUCAGAAACCCUUUCCCCACAGUUAAGCACCAGAAGACGAUCUGAGGUUGUCAGUUUCGUCGGUGACCCCACCAGAUCCCCUCUGCCCCCGGUCUAUGAACCUGCCCGGCGUUACGUUGAAGAGCCAGAGAUUGAUAUUCCCAGCAACGUCGAUACGAAGUUGGACAUUUGGGAGGAUGGUGAUAGCAGCGAUGUGCCACUGCCAGGGGUAAAUCUGAUUUUUGAUGGGCAAAAGUUGAUGCCUUUGAAUAUUGCGCUGUUCCUGCAAGGUAGACUCCCAGUGGCUUUGGUGGCCGAAGCAGCAUCGGCUUCAGAAUGUUUGCUCGUCGCUGCUUGAUACUCUUAGAGGCCCUACAUUAAGAAGCAGUUGAAACAGACACUUUCAGAGAGUACUACGGCGACGCUGCCCGUGACAUAGGGACUACGAUUUACGAUCCACCAUUAAUCUAUAUUGUAGUGUCGAUAUGAAUUUGGCCGAUGUUGGAGUAGCAGUCGAUAGAAUCAAUUUUCAUCUGAUGGUAAAGAGAAUUUCACAAUAAGGACAAUCACCGACCAUGUUCGGAUGUUAAAGAGCUUCGCCUUAAAGGUUUAGGUUAAAUUAGGCAAAAGUUUUCCGAUUUGGACAUAAGUCCUUGUAUAUGCCUGUGUCGCGUAUAUUGUGAAUUGGCUGUAAAAUCGCUGGGAUAUUCUAACCUGUUUUUAAUAUUCA